AUGAGGGAGCGAGGCAAGAAUGAGUGGGGGGAAAUGGUCCUUCCGGGCGUUUACAUGCUUAGAGGCUCCACUAACUCUAGUCGAGGAAGAACAUUCGACCUUGAUGCAAGUAAGCUCCAGCUUGAACUGAUUCUUAAUGAAAUAGAGGUUAUGGAAAGACACGUGAAAAAAUUGAAGGAGAGCAACAGCGAGAUCAAAGAAUAUUUAAAGAAUCGUGGUGAUUCGAUAAUGGAGAGCACGAAUACAUUUUCAACUUCUGGUGCUGUAGCUGCAGUAAGUGAUACAGAGGACAUCAACGACGUUUUGGCGGAGGCCCUUGUAGAAAAUGAGACAAUUAUUUCUCUUAAGGAAAUGGAAUUGAAUGAAUUGAAGCAGCUUAUACAAAACAAUCGUUGUGCCUGUAGCUACCAAUCAAUUGAGGAGAAUAAUGAGGGUCAUUCAGUUCCUGAUGACACCAGCAGAAAUAAUGUGGCAACUGAAGUGGAAGGGGUCAUAGAUGAAAUGUCGAAUACCCACUUUUCACUUUGA